AUUAUGUUGGCUACCAUGAUUUAAUCAAUUUUUAUGAAAGCUGCCUUGCAUGUCGAAUUCUCCAUUAUUGUCUAGGAACUUGUCAUCUUGAAAACUUCAUUACGUAACGGAAUAAAAAUGGUUGGUGAACGCCCGAUGAAAUAUCCUUACACCCUUUCCGCAAAAAUUGCUCAGUUCCCCUUCAAAUUUUACCUAAACAAUAACGCACUGUGGAAAUAUUAUUUUAUUGCUGUUGCAGUGUCGAUUCCAGUUUUUUAUAAGAUCCAAAAACUUUCAUAUAGCCCUGAAAAUGUUGCUAAAUGGGCUGAAUCUAGACGAAAGCAAGCAGCGGAACAUCAUUAGUCACAUAUUUUCUGAUUAUUGCAUAAUAUGAUAAUGCAUAAUAAUUGUAUAAAAUGAAGUAAUAGUAUAAUAAAUAUACACAGUUGAAUA